AUGGCGGAUGUUUUCAGAGGCCUGAACCUCCUUGAGACCCUAAAAGAGUCCAUAGAUAACAAUAAGUUAUCAGAGGUUAAGGACACAGUGGAAGAUCUCCUGAUCAGCAGAAUCAACUUAGCUGUUUUGGGAGACCGUGAGGUUGGAAAAGCCACCCUCAUAAACUCCCUCUGUGGCCUUGGUCCUGGGGACGAUGGAGCCGCACCGUCUCCAUCCCCCGUUUCCCCAGAAGAACUGGCAAGCUACCCCAACCCUAAACACCCUGAUUUCCGUUUGUGGGAUCUUCCUCCUGUUCCUUUAAAUUCCCCGUUUGAACCUGAGGGAUACAUAGAGAGAGUCAAGUUCCUCCGUUACAACGCUGUCUUCAUGACUUUUACACAGACGCCCCAUCCCAAUGCUGUGAAGGUGUUUCUGGAGGCCCGUUCAUUACAGCGACAGACUGUGUAUUUUAUUCUCCUAGCUUCAGAUAAAGACACAGAAAAAAGCCUAGAAGAACAAAGAAAGGCCAGCGUGGAGGCGUUGAAAUCACAGGAUGUGGCUCAGCCUAAAAUCUACCUGGUGAGACCCUCAACUCUGGAGAAAUUUGACUUUCCCGGCCUGCUGGAGGACAUAGGAAGAGACCUCCCUGAGAUCCGAGCCCACGCCCUUCUCUUGGCUCUCCCAACACUCACCUCCACGCUUGUCACUCAGAAAAAGGACGCAUUCAAAGCCCUUGUAUGGGCAGCUGCGUCGUUAUCAGGUGGGGUUUCAGCUAUCCCUGUUCCCUUUGUGGCCUCCAUGGUGGACUCGAGUGUAGCAAUGCGGAUUCUGACUAAAGCACAAUUAUCUCUGUGCCUGGACAAUGAAUCAGUCGAGCGUUUGGCCCGACAGCGAGGUAUAGAACCCUCACGACUCAAGGGGCUGCGGACUUGCGAACUGUCAGUGGAAGUCACAAAAGGUGAAGUGAAGAAGCGUCUAGCAGCAGCAGAGAAGGAGUUGGCGACAAUUUCUUCAAAGUUUGUACAGAUGGCGAUGCCGAGACAUGCCCGUUCUGUCAGCCGCUCCUUCGCUGCUAUGCUGCAAGCUUUAAAUGGCGCCAUCGAUGAAAUGGCGGGGGAUGCUGAGAAGAUAGUAGCUGCUGCUCUUGGGGAGGAGAAGUGA